AUGGCGAAGCGCCGAGGUCCCGAGCGCGUCCGUCCGUCCGGCGCUGCACGCCCAGCGGGAACACGCCCGUGCGUGCCCUCGGGGGACGUGCCCUGUGGAGGCAGCGGCCACGGCCGGCCCGGCCGAGAGCAGGAGCUGCGCCCGCCCGACACUGAACCUGUGGCCGCCGAGAGUCUGAAGCCUGUUCCCCGUGCUGUGUUCUGGCGGGAGCCCCCCAGCCAGCCCCCCCCCACCGUGAGAACCGGCCUGGGUGACGGCCCUCACCACAGGCACUCCAAGGACGCGUCCCUGGCGGGCAGCGGCCGGGCCUUUACUCCCACGGCCCAGCGGGACGCUGCCGGCUCCGGCCCGCCGCCCGCCCUCGGAGGCGCGCGGCGCGCGGGCUCGGCGGCCAAAGCCCACAGCCCGGCGUCCCGGGGGCGCCCUGCCCUCGGGCCCCCGGCGCAGCCCGCUCCCACCCAGGCACCAGCUUCCACACCGCCGCCCGGGCCGGACGCGGGAGACGCCGCCGCGGCCCGUUUGGGAAUUAAGCCGAAGAGCCGGACGCCCGCGCGCUGCCCCCGCCGCAGCCCCCGCGAGGAGCCCGGACAAAACCAGGAAGCGGACGACCCUCACCUACGCCAGCAUUCGGCGGAGGAGGAGGAGGAAAAGCGAAAGUUGCCGCUGCGGGGCCGAGGUCGCCUCCCGCGCAGCCCCGAGCCGCGGCCGCCCCCGAGGAAGGGCGGCCGGGGAGAGCCCGAGAGCGCCCGCGGCGGGAGCGGUGCCGAGCACCCGGCCUGGGGCUAG